AUUACUGAAGUGUAAUCUUGUAGCGGCUGCAAACCUGCGAUUGAAUCCAGUUUACCUGUCUUUCUUAUUGUCAGACUAUGACGUCUUCAGAUUAUGACUCGGCGUCUCUGCCAGAUUUGUUACCGCUGUACUACCGGAGGUUGUUUCCUUUCUCCCAGUAUCACCGCUGGCUAAACUAUGGAGGAGUACAUAAGAACUACUUCCAGAACCGAGAGUUCUCUUUUACCCUCAAAGAUGACAUCUACGUCCGCUACCAGUCGUUCACCACUCAAACAGAGCUGGAGAAAGAAAUGCAGAAGAUGAACCCUUACAAGAUAGACAUUGGAGCUAUAUACAGUCACAGGCCCAAUCAACACAACACAGUCAAGUCAGGAACCUUCCAGGCCCUGGAGAAGGAGCUGGUGUUUGAUAUCGAUAUGACCGAUUAUGACGAUGUCAGGAGCUGUUGCAGUGCUGCAGACAUUUGUUCCAAGUGCUGGACGUUGAUGACCAUCGCCAUUCGCAUCCUGGACAGAGCUCUUCGAGAGGACUUUGGUUUCCAGCACCUGAUGUGGGUUUAUUCUGGAAGAAGAGGAGUGCAUUGCUGGGUGUGUGAUGAAGCUGCCAGGAAGCUCUCUGUGGCAGCUCGCUCAGCGGUUGCAGAAUACCUCAGCCUGGUUAAGGGAGGUGAAGAGACAGUGAAGAAAGUUGUGCUGACAGAUCCAAUUCAUCCUUUCAUCAGAGAAUCCUUGACAGUGGUGGAGCGAUACUUUGCCGGCUACGCGCUUCAGGAACAGGAUAUUUUGGGUCGCAAGGAAUCAGUAGACAAAGUGCUGGGACUGGUGCCUGAAGAUGUAAGAAAAGAAUUACAGAAGGACUUCCAGAACGAGAAGAAACCAGAGAACCGGUGGAAAUUGAUCAAGGACCAAGCCAGCAGGAAACAGUCAACUGCAAAAAAGGGCCAAUACUUUGAGAAGGAAAUCAUGCUGCAGUACUGUUAUCCCCGGCUGGAUGUGAACGUCAGCAAAGGUGUAAACCACUUGCUAAAGAGCCCCUUCAGUGUGCAUCCCAAAACUGGGCGCAUCUCUGUCCCCAUCGACCUCAAAGAAUUAGAUACAUUUGAUCCUUUUGCAGUGCCCACGAUCAGUUUGAUCUGUGAGGAGCUGGAUCGACCCAGAGCAGGAGAAGAGGAAGAGAAGCCGGAGGACGCCAAGGAGAUGGAAAAUGAGAAGGACACAGCAGAGAAACGAAAGAUCAGAGAUUACAAGAGAACAAGCCUGGCUAAGUAUGUGAAAUGCUUUGAUCAGUUCCUCGAUGGAAUGGCUCGCUCGUGGAAAGGAGAACUUCUCAGGAAAAGUGAUCUUCAGAAAGAAUUUUGAAGAGGAUCAACAAUCAGAACAGGCUCUGUUCUGGGCUCCUUUACAAGCAAAUACCUUCUAGAUAAAGUGUUUUACUCUCUAAUGACCCAUAACAUUCAUAAACAAAACAAAAGAUGAAUCUUCUCCUUACAGUAUGACUCUCUGAAUACAAAGCUGAUUUUAUAAUCUUUGUCUUCUUGUUUUCUACAUUUUUGUACAGUCCUUGUGAAAAUAAAUUUGUUAUUUCAACAUUUA